UACGAAUCUAGAUAAACAAAUAUAAAAUAAAUAUAACCAAUAUUUUUAAAAUGUGUGGCUUCAUUAACACCAUGGAGAUAAAAAAUGUUCACUGUAGUACAUGGUUUCAUGUAGUUGCACUACAGUAACGGAGAUGGGUGAAAACAAUGACAAAGCACCGAACAUAUUUUCCCUAAUAUGAACUAAAACAUCUCGGUUACGUAUGAAAGGGAACCAGCGGAACGCAGGACUUUGGUUUACGUGCUAGACAUGGUUAUGACCACUAGAUGGCCACACAGUACUCCGAAAAGCUUCAUUGUAACGAACCAUUUUGUGAUGCAGCUGAGAGGAAUGCGUCGCAAAAAAGUUCGAUUAUUUUGUGUAUAGCUGUGAUAUUGCUCUGCUAUUUCAACCUUCAGACUCUAGCCAUACUGACAGAAUGUGAAAUCAGCCUACAGAAGCAGAAGUUACUUUUUUAGGUUGUUGAAGCAGAAGCUGAUCAGCACUUGAAUGAGGGUCUUGUAAUGCUAGACUGCAGUAGCUGUGUCCUUUGGAAGAGGAUCCUGAGAUGAAUAUAUUCUGAGAUAUAUUAUGCUGUGCCCAAACAGGACUCAUUCACCUCUCAAACGAAUGUAGAAAUGCUUCAUGAGCAUUGCAAGAAAACUGUCCACCCACAGACAGAUAACCUCGGGACAUCAUAGAAGCCUAUUUAAGAGAAGAAUAUUCGAUAUCUAUAAUAUACACCUAAAAGCAUAGUUUUGGUCAAGAUGUUUUCCGCUCUGAAGAAGCUCGUUGGCUCUGAGCCCACUGGUCAGGUAAAGGACAAGAACAUCCCUGCUGGCCUGCAGUCAAUGAACCAGAGUCUGCAGAGAAGAUUUGCUAAAGGGGUUCAGUACAACAUGAAGAUAGUUAUUCGAGGAGAUAGAAACACUGGAAAAAGCACCCUGUGGCAUCGGCUGCAGGGUAAGAAGUUCCAGGAAGAGUACAUUCCCACUCAGGAGAUCCAGGUCACUAGUAUUCACUGGAAUUACAAAACUACUGAUGAUGUGGUGAAGGUAGAGGUUUGGGAUGUGGUGGAUAAAGGCCAAAAAAUCCCCCUUCCAGAAGGUGUAGGAAAGGGGAAAAAGAGAGGUGAAACCUUGAAGUUGGAGAACGAACCUCAAGAGCAGACGGAGAGUGAACUGGCCUUGGAUGCUGAGUUUUUGGACGUGUAUAAGAACUGCAAUGGUGUGAUCUUGAUGUUUGACAUCACCAAGCAGUGGACUUAUAAUUACAUUCUGCGGGAGUUGCCUAAAGUACCCACUCAUGUGCCUGUGUGUGUACUGGGAAAUUACCGGGACAUGGGAGAACACAGAGUCAUUUUGCCUGAUGACAUCAGUGACUUCAUUGCCGGUCUUAACAGACCCCUUGGCUCCUCUUACAUCCAUUAUGCAGAAUCUUCAAUGAAGAAUGGUUUUGGUUUAAAAUACUUGCACCGAUUCUUCAACAUUCCGUUCUUACAGCUUCAGAGAGAGACCCUGUUACGACAGCUAGAGACCAAUCAGUUGGACAUUGAUGCCACGCUAGAGGAGCUAACAGUUCAGCAGGAGACAGAAGACCAGAAUUAUGAGAUUUUCCUGGAAAUGAUAGAGUCUCGUAGUAAAGGCUACAGCUCUCCCGGCCCUGCUAAUGGACAGAGCCCCUCCUCAGGCUCGCAGUCUCCCAUCGUUCCUCAGAGCGGAUGCUCCACCAGCAGCUCUAGCCCCUGUAGCCCCCAGCAGCCUCCCAUUCCCUCCCAGACCGUGAAGUCUCCAUCCCCCUCUCCAUCCCCUCCUCCUCCCCCUCUCUCCUCAACCCAAGCGGCUGCGGCCUCUCCCUCCCCUUCCUCUGCUCUCCCCGACCCGACGGUCUCUGCUCCAGCUCAGGCGUCUGCCUCUGCUCCUCAAACCCAGAAACGCAGCUUCAUCUCCAGGCUCUUUGGCUCCGCUCCCACCCAGGAUCCUCCAGAAGUCACCCAGGAGCCAGAUUCAGUCUCUGCAGAGGCUCCGUCUACAGUUCAGAGCGUGGAUGAUUUUGUGCCAGACGAGGGACUAGACAAAAGCUUCUUGGAGGACAGUCUCCCUUCUAACCCAAAAUUGGCUAUGAACACCCAGCCCUCUGCUGCGGGCGCUGCAGAUAGUGACAGUGAAGGGGAAGGAAAAGACGGGAACCCCAUGGUCGCUGGUUUCCAGGAUGAUUUGGACCCUGAUGAUGCAGAACUUGAACCCAGAGCUUCUAUCCCCACUAAAGACUUGGACCUCACUCUCUCCAGUGAUGAGGACGCUCCAAAGCCUUCUGUAGCUCAGGAUGAAGAUCUGAACCCUGGACCUCACCUGGUGGCUAUGGAUUCAUUAUCACUGGAGGACAAACCAAAACCUAUCCACAAGGAGCCAUUGAUCCAGGCCCAGGUGAUUGUCAGCAGUCAGAACGUAGAGGCUUCCAUUCUUAGUCCCACUCCGGUACACAUUACACAACCACUGCAGACAGCGUCAGAAGCAGGAGCCCUGUCAGAUCCCCCAGCACAGGUCGUUAAACAGAAAGAAAAAUCAGCUCAGGUGGAGUCCUCUGACUCCGACCCAGACGAGCCUGUGGCCAAACAGAUGCUUUCAUUCGUCAUGGAUGACCCUGACUUUGAGAGUGAGGAGGAAGUCAUACAGAAAGUGAAUAAGGAAUCUUUCACAGUUAGAGAUGAUAUUCCUGACCUCUCGGAUGAUGACAUCACCGCAGCUAAAAUUCCUGAGCCCAUGAAGCCUACUGUACUCUCCUUUAAAAGCAAGAAUGACGGUGACCUCUUUGGUCUAGGAAUCGAGGAAAAGCCCAUCAAAAGCAAAGACAGCAGUGAGGAACAAGAUGAAAAAGAAAGCAAACAUUCCAAGGAAAAGAAGAAAAAGAAAAAGAGGAGCAAAGAGGAUGAUGACAAAAGCAGCAAGAAGAAGCACAAACACAAGAAAAAGGAAAGAGAUGAGGCAGGUGUGACCGCAGAAGAAAAGGACAAGAGAAAAAGAAAGUCACGAAGCAAGAAAACUGAUGAUCUUGAAGCUUUUCUGGCUGGAGAAGAAGCCUCAGCGAAAAGAGAGGAGGGCGACUAUGAGGAACUGUAACUUUCUCGCGCUCUCUCUCUCUCUCUCUCCCUCUCUCUCUGUGCAUUGGUACCACAAGCUUGAAAUGUUCUCAUCAAAAACCACAAAAACAUGCUUUUUCUAGCAGCCCAACAUGUGAUGAUGUGUUGAUCUGUCUGACAGGUUACAAAACUGCUUCACACUGGUUUCCAUGUGCUACAAACACUUGGCAGUCCAUCCACUAUCCCUGAAGAGUUUGGGAUUUGCCAGCGUAGUUCACACUCUUUGGGCCUUAAACUGCAAUAAGUGGAAAAGCCAUGCAAAAUUGUCACUUGCAUGUAAUUUGACCUUUGAUGUUUUUCGGAUUGAAAUGAAUUUGUCACUCAUAAAUUUGUGUUUUCUGAAUGUUUACAUGGUUGCUUUUAUAUGGUUGCAUUUUUGUCAUCACAUAUGUGAACCAUUACCACUCUGAUACAAUGCUUUUCAUUAUUUUAUUGCAUUGUUAGUUGCCUUGUGUAUGUGGAUUAGUUGGUGUUUUUGCUCAAUAGAUGUUCUGAGAGCUUGGCUUUGUGUAGUUUUGCCAUGUGCUUGGUGUUUAAUUAAAUAUACUGUAUUUCAUGGUAGGAUUAUUUGUUUUUCCAAAAUAUAUCAAGAAAAAUAUUUUCUAAAUAUAAAGGAGGUUGUCAGUAAAUGCUCUCAUGAUAGGGGGAAGAGUAGUUACGACAUUGCCGAUUAUUUUCGCAAUCUAUAAAUCAGGAAAUGCCUUAAAGGAUACUAUGGUGCAAAUGCAAGACUUAAAAGAACUCAAAUAGACCAGUUAAAAAUGUGCGUGUAAAAAACAAUGAGAUCUUUCUACUGUGUAAUUAUGCAAAAUUGUGUUUAAGGUUUUAUUUUUCUGUAAUUAUGCCAUUUUGAAUUUUUGCACUCCAUCUUUCUUGUCUACUUUACCGUUUUAUGAUGGUAAAUUACAAGAAAAUACCUAUAAUGCAUUGUCAUUUGAGUUUUAUUAUGAUUAUUUUUGGCCUAAUAUUUGAUUAAAUCACUAUCGAUUGAAACUGUGCAGUUGCUUGAAGAUUUAAAUCUGUACAAAAAUACUAUCAUAUAUUUUUUUGUAAUGUAACUGGGUUGUUGUUGUUUUUUUAGUGAGGCUAUAUUACUUUAAGUUUGUUUAUUUUUUACUUUCUCUUUCUCUACUAAUAAUGAAAGAAAGUUAGCAAAGACGCCAGACAAUGUUCGACUUGACUUCAGCUUCAAGUCUGAUACAGUUUGUGCAAUGAUAAAAAAAAGGUUGUUAUAUAUGCAUUCUUACAUCAAAAUCAUGUUGAAUUGUGUGUUCAUUGAUGCUUUGUUGCAUUGACAUUUGUUUUUGUUUUUUAUAUAAAGAAAAUGUAAUAAGAUCAGGCAUAUUAUUUAAAAGAAGAAAGCACACACACACAUAUAUAUAUAUAUAAUGUGUAUAAGAUAAACAUUUCACAUGAAUGACAUGCAAUAACAAUAAGGUAAAUUAUAAACACCAAAUUGUAUGUUGAUUUACAUAACAAAUGAAACAUAAUAUUGUCAUGCUGCUGUUUUUACUGUGGACAUUUUUGUAUAAACAAAAAAAAAACAAUUAUAAGGAAUUACAACAACAAAAACUACAUUAUUCCCCUGAUGGUGACUUAAGACAAACAAUAUUUCGUUUAUUCUUCAGUAAAGGUGAAGGCCUCAUUCUUCUGCCACUUUUCUUUGGCAUAUGACAUCAUGUAGUCUGAUAUAUUAUGUUGUCUGCAAAUUGGAUAAUUUCAGUUAAAGAACAAAUUUUAUUGAUGUUAACAGCAGAGACUAAAUGAGAGAAAAAUGGACCAUGUGCUCUUACCUUUCUAUCGCCACGCUUUCCUAUGGUCAGCAAAACAGUGACAUGUAAUCAAAUAAAAAUAAACAUUUACAGAUGUUAAA